AUGUCGGAAAAUCAGACCAACCGGCCGCAUCGCGCGACCAAGGAGAAGAAGGCCCCAACUACUGGUGAACGCAAUCCGAAAGCUUUUGCCUUUUCGCGUCCUGGAAAAUUGCAAAAGCAGGCUGCUCGUUCUCACGAUAAGCGUCUGCAUGUCCCUCUGGUGGAUCGUCUGCCUGAAGAGGCUCCUCCUAUCGUCGUCGGUGUCGUUGGUCCUCCUGGAGUAGGCAAGACCACCCUCAUCAAAUCCCUCGUCCGAAGAUAUACCAAGCAACCCAUUACCCAACCUGUUGGACCCAUCACUGUCGUCACAUCAAAGAGAAGGAGACUUACAUUUAUGGAAUGUCCGGCUGAUUCCCUGGCUGCCAUGAUGGACGUGGCCAAGGUUGUCGACAUUGUACUACUUAUGAUUGACGGAAACUAUGGUUUCGAGAUGGAGACAAUGGAGUUCUUGAACGUCCUGUCUUCCAGUGGUAUGCCCGGUAACGUCUUCGGUAUCCUGACCCAUCUCGAUCUCUUCCGUAAGCAGGAAGCCCUCAAAGCGCAGAAGAAGCGCCUGAAGCAUCGCUUCUGGAGCGAACUCUACUCCGGAGCCAAACUGUUCUACUUGUCCGGUGUUGUUAACGGCAGAUAUCCCGAUCGCGAAGUUCUCAACCUCUCACGUUUCUUGUCCGUCAUGAAGAACCCUCGUCCUCUAGUUUGGCGCAACAGCCAUCCUUACGCCUUGGCCGACCGCUUCCUCGACAUCACUCCUCCUACCAAAAUCGAAGAAGACCCCAAAUGCGACCGCACUGUUGCCUUGUAUGGCUACCUCCGCGGUACCAACUUCCCUGCGAACGGCGCCAGAGUCCACGUGCCUGGUGUCGGCGAUCUGAGCGUCUCGAACAUCGAAGCUCUUCCCGACCCGUGCCCUACUCCGUUCUUGGAUCAAGCGAUUGCAAAGGCUACGGGCAAGUCUGGAAGAAGAAGGCUAGGAGAAAAACAAAAGCUCAUCUACGCUCCCAUGUCUGAUGUUGGUGGUGUGCUUGUGGACAAAGACGCUGUUUAUGUUGACAUCAAGAGUCAAACCUUUGAUCCCGAAGAUGAUGAGCAAGAGCGAGGAUUGGGUGAACAGAUGGUCGUUGGUUUACAAGGUGGCCGCAAGUUACUUGGACAGACUGAGGGUGGUCUGCAGCUUUUCGGCGACGGUGAGAAGCUGACUCGUGAGGAUCUUGGCCGCAAGUCUGCUCGUGUUCUGUCAAGAAGGAUUAACGACGAUGAGGCAAGCCCAGAGGACGAAGGGUUCGAGAGCGGCGAUGAUGAAGACGAAGAGUUCCAGAGCGGUGACUCCGAUGUUGACGAGGACGGCGAAGAAGACAUGCUUGUUCCUGCGCCGAAGCGCAGAGAGGCCAGUCCUGACGCAACUGGCGAGGAAAUUGCUUUCGCCGACAGUGACUCUGACCUCGGCUCCAUGUCUGAAGCUGAAGAUGUCAGCGAUCCUGAGGAUUAUGAUGAAGACGCCGAGUACAGUGAAGACGAAGACGGCAAUCUUCGCUGGAAGAAGAACAUGAGCGAGCGUGCCGCUGCCCUGCACCAACGCAAGAUGCCUUACCGCACCGUGGAACUGGCUCGCCUUCUAUACAACGACAUGCUAUCGACAGCACAGGUCUUGCGCCAAUGGCGUGGCGAAGAAGAUGAGGAAGACGACAUUGAAGAUGAAGAAGAGGAGGACUUGUUCGAGAAGAAGAAGCCUACCGAAUCCGAAGCUACCCUCGACCGCCACAUCCCAAUGUACAACAGAGCAGAGCUUGAGGAGAAAUGGACUGACGAGGAGAAUCUUGAGGCCAUCCGCUCGCGAUUCGCAUCGGGCCACAUGCUCAACGGAAACGACGACGAAGAUGGAUCCGAAGCGGAGUUCAAUGGCAUUGAAGACGACGAUGAUGAGGGUGACGGUGCUUUCGAGGAUCUGGAAACUGGAGAGGUUCACGGCGCUGAAGACGAGGCCCAAACCAACGGUGCUGAUGGCGACGAAGAACCAGACCUGGACGCCGAACGUGAGCGCAACGCUCGAAGAAAGGAAGAGCUCAAGCUUCGCUUUGAAGAGGAGGACAAAGAAGGAUUCGCAAAUGACAAGAGCAACGCCAAACGUGAGAGCGGCGAGGACGAAUUUGGCGAGGAUGACUGGUACGAUGCACAGAAGGCUCUCAUUCAGAAACAACUCGACAUCAAUCGCGCCGAGUUCGACGCUCUGGACGAGCAGUCACGAGUGAGAGUCGAAGGUCACAAAGCAGGAACAUAUGCUCGUAUCGUUCUGGAAAACGUACCUUGCGAAUUUGUGGAAAAGUUCAAUCCUCGAUUCCCCGUCCUCAUUGGUGGUCUGGCACCUACGGAAGAUCGCUUUGGCUACGUCCAGAUUCGUAUCAAGCGUCACAGAUGGCACAAGAAGAUUCUCAAGACGAAUGAUCCUCUCAUCUUCUCCCUUGGUUGGAGACGUUUCCAGAGUAUGCCUAUGUACAGCAUCUCAGACUCGAGAACUAGGAAUCGCAUGCUCAAGUACACGCCUGAGCACAUGCAUUGUUUCGGAACCUUCUAUGGACCGCUUAUUGCGCCCAACACUGGUUUCUGUUGCGUGCAGUCUUUCUCCAACAAGAACCCUGGCUUCCGAAUUGCUGCUACUGGUGUAGUCUUGAACGUUGAUGAGUCGACAGAGAUUGUCAAGAAGCUCAAACUGACCGGUCACCCAUACAAGAUCUUCAAGAACACCGCAUUCAUCAAGGACAUGUUCAGUACUUCCCUUGAAAUUGCAAAGUUCGAAGGUGCUAGUGUGCGCACUGUUUCUGGUAUCCGUGGUCAAAUCAAGAAGGCCCUCAGCAAGCCCGAAGGCAAUUUCCGUGCCACGUUCGAAGACAAGAUUCUCAUGUCAGACAUUGUCUUCCUGAGAGCAUGGUACCCGGUUAAGCCUCACCGCUACUACAAUCCUGUGACCAACCUGCUGGAUGCCGAUGUGAACAGCGAAGGUUGGCAAGGAAUGCGUUUGACUGGUCAAGUACGCCACGCCCUCGACAUUGCUACACCCAAAGACAAGAACUCUGCCUACCGCACUAUCGAGCGCCAGGAACGCCACUUCAACCCUCUACGUGUACCUCGCAAGGUGGCUGCAGAGCUGCCUUACAAGUCUCAGAUCGUCCAGAUGAAGCCACAAAAGAAAGAGACAUACAUGCAGAAACGUGCUGUUGUUGCUGGCAAGGNNGAUGAGAAAGAGGCCAGAAGAUUGCUCCAACAAGUUCAGACACUGAGAAACGAGAAGGUCGCAAAGCGUCGUGCUAAGCAGGAGGAGCGCAAGCAGCCUUACCGUGCCUUGGUUGCCGAGAACGCCGAAAAGAGAGCAGAGAGGGAGAAGAGGGAGAAGGAAGAAUACUGGCGCAGAGAAGGCAAGAAGAGAAAGGGUUGGAACGAUGGUGAAGGUGGUGGUGGCGGCAAGAGAAGAAAGGGUUAA